AAACGACUAGCUCCGGAAGCCUCCGCUGAUUUAUUCAAUAAUUCGUCUGCCGAUCCAGAGUAGGGUUGCUUUUACGGAGGAAUAGUUCUACCCGUGAUAAAUAUUAUGACCUAGAUUUUCAGAAGGUAACUCGCCUACAGAUGUCCUCAUAUCCAAACAUGGAUGAUGACGAGAGCUUGUCUCCAACAGACAGAGGCUCUGACCACAAUCCAGUCAGCCACUACCAGGGCAUAAGCAUGAGUCCGGAUGAUACGAGCAUGAUACAGAGCAUGAAGCCCAAGCUGAUACAGGUGCAGACAGAAAAUGGCAUACAGGUGAUCUACGAGACCUCAAACGAGGAGAUCGUGUCAUCAGAGCCUUGCAGCGUCACAUCCGAGGACUCGCUCCAUGAUGGCGGCAGUUACCAUCAGAUGUGUGUCAUAUGCGGGGACAGAGGUACUGGGUUCCACUACUCAGUGUUGAGCUGCGAAGGGUGCAAGGGCUUCUUCAAAAGAACGGUACAAAAAAAUCUGGUCUACACAUGUAAGGGAAAUGGAAUCUGCGUCGUCAACAAAAGUACCAGGAACAAUUGUCAGUACUGCCGGUACCAGAAAUGUCUACAGUAUGGAAUGAAAAGAGAAGCCGUGAGAGAGGACAGAUCACCGGGUGGCAAACAUCGCACCAAGAAGCCCCGUAUAGAGGAGACAGUCUCUCCAUUGUCUGUGACCGGCCAGUCUGGGAGAGGCCUGGAGCCGGAACAUGAGGAGAUCAUUGAGAUCAUAGUGUCCUCUGACCCGGAACGGGUACCAAAGAGAGAUGAGGCAAACAUGGGAAAAGAAGUUUCCAUUCAAGAGUUGAUGGAGUAUGGCUAUCUGGAGCUGAGAUAUAUCAUAGAGUGGGCUAAGAAAGUACCUGAUUUCCGCAUGUUAGCCAUGGAUGACCAGAUGUCGUUGCUGAAGUCUUCAUUCAUGGAGCUCAGUGUCUUCAGAAUGUCAUUCAGGUCUUUGCCAUACCAUGACUCCCUGUACUUUGCGGAGGGCGUGAUUCUGCACAAGUCAGUGAGUGAGAACAUGGGAUGGGGCCAUGAGCUAGUGCAGGCCACUCUAGAGUUCUCCAGCAGACUGAAGGACCUCAAUGUAGACAAGGUGGAGUUUGCAAUGAUGGGUGCCAUUGUACUCACAUACCCAGAUGCCAUCGGUCUGUCAGACAAGCAAAAAGUGAUUAAGAUACAGACAAAAUUCCUGGAUGUUCUUCGACGGUAUGUCCAGUCGCGUUAUCUGCUGGACAAAGGACGCUUUGGAAAACUACUUCUACGGCUCCCCACCCUGAGGACCCUGAGUGCCAAGGCUGCCGAAAGGUUUCUCUCCCUUACCAUUGAAGGAUUGCUGCCCCUGAAUGAACUUGUUCAGGAGAUGAUGUGUUAAGUGUUGGAGACUUGCUUAGGUGUGAUAAGCAGCCUUACAUGGAAUGUUGGUGUCAUGAACAAAGAUUUAAGAGUGUUUUGUAACUUGCAAAAAAUUAAAAACCAUCAAGACUUAUGAGGUAAAUAUUUUUUCACAAUCUUAAACAACUUUAAAGAAGACAGUUCUACCUGAACCAAGCAAAGUGGCCUUGCUGUGUCAGUUGAUAAAGUACAUUUAAAUUUGGUAAAUUAUGGUUAUUUUUAAAAGUGAGAAUGAUGGGUAUUUUUAAUGUGAUUGAAAAACGCUAUAUGUGUUUGAGAAGCUCUGUAAGUAUAAAACACUGUAUGUGUUUAAAAAAUCUAUAUGUGUUUUAAAGGACCUAUACUGUUUUGAUAAUAAAAAUGUUUUCUAUAUUGUGAUGAAUUUCGUUUUCAUGUAAAAAUGUGUUUUUUUGAUGUACCAUUGUAACUUCUUAGAGCAUUACAGUAUUUUGUUAAUGAAACAAUACAUGGGUAUAUGCAUGGUUGUUUUCUAAAUUCCUUUCAUCGGUGAUAUUUAUGUCCAUGUUAAUUGAAUCAUGUGCUCAUUCUCCCUCAAAGACCUUGUUCUUUGAAUUUACCCAUCAUAUUGUCUUAAAUAUGGUCUAGAAUUGUUUUCAUGUUCUUAAACUUCAUCCCUUUUAUUAGGUAUUCUCCGUUAUUAUAAUGCAGUGCAUUAUUUCAUUAGUUAUUAUGUUCAUUGUUCAUAAUAAAAAGUAUAUCAAAAUAUAUUCAUCGCUUUCAAUUUUAAGGGGCACUACUGUCUUCGUUUUCCUUUUGAUAUUGUUUGUAGAAUGCACAAAAGAUGUUAACAAUUGUGUUCAUAGAUGAAAUGUUAUUUGUGAAACUUUAAAUCUUAAAUCAAACUAUACAUGGGUUAAAUAUUCAUUAAACAUUGAAAGACAUGACUGUACACAUUAACAAAAUCACCUUACCAAAAUCACCUUAAUGAAAGUGCCCAUUAUUCAUGUGAUUUAUUCAGAAUUAUGUUGGGUUUUGGUAUCUGAUAAAAUGUUUUUUAUUUAAUUUUCAUGUUUACUUUCAUAAUGGCGUAUUUGUAUUAGUCUGAAUUUAUUAACAUUUUUUAAAAUCAUGUAAUUAAUUGAUGGUAUUUUUUAAUGUAGUGUUCAGAUAUCAUGUAUACAUUGAUUUGUUAUAGCCCUGCGCAGAUGAUUUCUCCUACAUUUCUCAGAGUACAACAUUAAAACAUUCAUGCUAUAAUCCUUAUGAUACAAAGUUCUCCAUUUGUGAUUUUUAUCAUCCUAUCUUAAAGUAUACCCCUUUUGAGCCAAAAAGUCCGAGCUAUACUUCUCACCCAAAUGUGGGGGUUGGCAUAUUGCUUUGGUUUGUACUCAUUGCACAAUGAAUCAACUAAGAGCUAUUUGUCGUUUAGUGUGGUCAAUGUGAAGUAAGGAAAGACCCAAUUUUGCAAUUAAUUUACUUAAAUAUAACGUUUUCAUCUUCUUGAAUGAGCCAUUACUGGGAAUAAGUCAUCUUCAAUGACUGUUCUUGUUUAUGUUUAUUAUGCCCCCCUUCGAAGAAGAGGGAGUAUAUUAAUUUACACAUGUCUGUCGGUGAAUCGGUCGGUCGGUCCAUCCAUCAGAUGGUUUCUGGAUGAUAACUCAAGAAGGCUUAGGCCUAGGAUCAUGAAACUUCAUAGGUAUAUUGAUCAUGACUGGCAGAUGACCCUAUUGAUUUUCAGGUCACAAGGUCAAAGGUCAAGGUCACAGUGACUCUAAACAGUAAAAUGGUUUCCGGAUGAUAACUAAAGAAUGCUUAGGCCUAGGAUCAUGAAACUUCAUAGGUACAUUUAUCAUCACUGGCAGAUGACUCCUAUCGAUGUCAGGUCACUUAGUCAAAGGUCAAGGUCACAGUGACUCAAAAUAGUAAAUUGGUUUCCGGAUGAUAACUCAAGAAUGCUUACGCCUAGGAUCAUGAAACUUCAUAGAUACAUUGAUCAUGACUAGCAAAUGACCCUUAUUGAUUUUCAGGUCACUAGGUCGAAGGUCAAGGUCACAGUGACUAGAAACAGUAAAAUGGUUUCCAGAUGAUAUCUCAAGAAUGCUUACGCCUAGGAUCAUGAAACUUCAUAGGAACAUAGAUCAUGACUGGCAGAUGACCCCUAUUGAUUGUCAGGUCACUAGGUCAAAGGUCAAGGUCACAGUGACUGGAAAUAGUAAAAUGGUUUCCUGAUGAUAACUCAAGUAUAAUUAGGCCUAGGAUCAUGAAACUUCAUAGAUACAUUGAUCAUGACUUGCAGAUGACCCGUAUUGAUUUUCAGGUCACUAGGUCAAAGGUCAAGGUCACAGUGACAAAAAAUGUAUUCAUACAAUGGCUGCCACUACAACUGACAGCCCAUAUAGGAGGCAUGCAUGUUUUACAAACAGCCCUUUUUUUAAACUGUUAUAAUUUUAAUUUCAUGCGUUUAAGACCUUUGAAGAUUCUCUUUGACACCAUGUUAACAUUGGUCAAUGCUAAUGGGCUUUAAACUAGGUCAAAGUCAGUGUACCCUUGUUAAGGUACUUGUUGCAUGUGGUUGAUAUUAUUACAAUAGUAUAGGAUAUUAAUUAUGUUUACACAUUUAAAGAUUCUAGAAAUUUCAUGGAAGUACUUUGAGUCAUGUUUUAUUAAUCAACUUAAAACAUCAAUAAUGAUAAAUAUCGCAAUAACUUUUUUCAGUUGGUGCUAAGAGAGUUCUUUAUAUAAUUUUCAGUGUAGAUUUUUAUAUGUAAUGGUUUGUUAACAAAGCUUUAAAAUAAUUUUCUCAUGGCAUCUGGUUUUAUAUGGCCAUUCUCUUAAAAUCAAUUUCAUCCAACAUAUCAUAGAUCUUGUCUUAUAAAUGGGCUAUCCAGCAUCAACUGGGCUCAUGUGUGCUUGUAUAACAGAGAUUUUGGUGUUAAGUGAUUUUAAAGCAAUCAAAAUCGUUCAUGAAUUUCAGUCUUUGCUCAUUUGAGGAGUUACAAUCAUGAAAUUGUUGAUGUAAUUUGUUAUGAGAAGUAUUCAUUUACAAUAAAUGUUUUGAAAAUGUCCAA